AUGGAUCGUACUAAGCAGACUGCUCGUAAGUCCACUGGAGGAAAGGCUCCUAGGAAGCAGCUAGCCACCAAGGCUGCCCGUAAGUCUGCUCCCACAACUGGAGGAAUGAAGAAGCCUCACCGUUACCGCCCUGGAACUGUUGCUCUUCGUGAGAUCCACAAGUACCAGAAGAGCAUGGAGCUGCUCAUCAGGAAGCUUCCAUUCCAGAGGCUUGUUAGGGAGAUUGCCCAGGACUUCAAGUAUUCCCGUGGCAAUUUAGCUGCCGAUUUGUUACUAUGGAGGAACAAGAAGAUCCCUGGCAGGGUGCUCGCGGGCACCAACGACCAUGUUAUGAGAUGUGCUGCUGGAGACAUGCCGUUAGCAAACUGGAAGUGA